AUGACUUGGCCUAAGUGUAAUUCCACUGAGGAGGAUAUCACCAUUCAUGAGGCCGAUCUCUGGGAUGGAGGUAUCACCUUCCACGAAUUGGCUGUUAUCAUCAGCGCUGUUUGUACAGUGUUAGCCGCUAUCCUUGCUUUCACUAUUAUGAUCGGCCAUGCAACUCAUUACAGUAAUCCUGCUGAACAGCGAUACAUCAUCCGCAUUCUGUUUAUGAUACCCGUUUAUGCAAUCUCGUCUUUCCUCUGCAUCUACUUUUACCGACACUCGGUCUACUACGAAUUAAUUGGCGAUUGUUAUGAACCUUUUGCUAUCGCGUCCUUUUUCACGCUACUCUGUGCUUACAUCGCGCCUGUUCUACAUGAUCAGAAGGAAUAUUUCCGUACUAUUAUCCCGAAGAACUGGCUUUGGCCUAUGAAUUGGAUGCAGAAAUGUUGCUGUGGAGAUCGUGAUAAGGGCAAGUUGCGGAAACCAAGAAGUGGAUUGACCUGGUUCAAUGUAAUCUGGAUCGGAGUCUUCCAAUACUGUUUCCUGCGAGUAGUCAUGACCGUCAUCGCUGUUGCAGCUGAAGCUGCGGAUCGAUACUGUGAGGACUCGGAUAGUCCUAAGUUUGCGCAUAUUUGGGUCAUCUGUAUCGAGUCAGUGGCAGUUACUAUUGCCAUGUACUGCCUAAUCCAGUUUUACUACCAAAUCAAAGAUGACAUCGCGCAUCACCGCCCAUUCCUCAAGAUUCUUUGCAUCAAGCUUGUUAUUUUCCUUUCUUUCUGGCAAUCUACUAUCAUUGAUUGGUUAACUUCCUCCGGAACAAUCAAAUCGUCCUCGAAAGUCCAACUCUUCGAUUGGAACAAUGCUCUACCUAAUCUCCUCAUCUGUAUCGAGAUGUUCUUAUUCGCUAUCCUUCAUUUCUGGGGCUUCCCUUGGAACACAUAUAUCCUGACUGAAGAAGCUCGGAAAGAGGGUGGUCAACGGUAUUAUGGUGGCUGGAUGGGAUGGAAAGCGUUCCUUGAUGCUGCGAAUCCUUGGGAUCUAAUUAAGGCUACUUCUCGUGGAACUCGUUGGUUAUUCGUGGGUCGGAAACAUCGUGAGGAGGAUCCUAGUUAUGAUAUGGAUUUGCCGAAACAGGAACCUGCUCGUCUCUCUAAGGAGGAGACCCCCGUCGCUUAA